AUGGGGGCAGGCUGUGGGGUCUGUGGCAGCCAGGGACAGCAGAGCAGAUACCACCUUCAUGGGCAAAGCUUACAUGAAGAAUGGUUAUUGAGGGAACAGAAGGCACAAGAAGAAUUCAGAAUGAAGAAGGAGAAGGAAGAGGCAGCCAGAAAGUGGCAAGAAGAACAAGAGAGAAAGUUAAGGGAAGAAUGGGAAGAAUAUCAGAGAAGAGAAAGAGAACAGAAGGAGCAGAAGCUACAGGAGAAGAGGGAAAGAGAGAAAGCAGGGGAAAAGAUACUAGAAUGGACCAAAAAUUUUGCAACUACUGCCACAUGGCAAAACCCAGAACCACCCAUGGACUUAAGAAUAAUGGAGAAGGACCGAGCUAACUGUCCAUUCUACAGUAAAACGGGAGCUUGCAGGUUUGGAGAUAGGUGUUCACGUAAACACAAUUUCCCCACAUCGAGCCCCACGCUCCUCAUUAGAAGCAUGUUCACAACGUUUGGAAUGGAGCAGUGCAGAAGGGAUGACUACGACCCCGACGCCAGCCUGGAGUACAGCGAAGAGGAGACCUACCAGCAGUUCCUGGACUUCUACGAGGACGUGCUCCCCGAGUUCAAGAACGUGGGGAAGGUGAUCCAGUUCAAGGUGAGCUGCAACCUGGAACCUCAUCUGAGGGGCAAUGUGUAUGUUCAGUAUCAGUCAGAAGAAGAAUGUCAAGCAGCCCUUUCUCUCUUUAACGGACGAUGGUAUGCAGGGCGACAACUUCAGUGUGAAUUCUGCCCGGUGACGCGGUGGAAAACUGCAAUUUGUGGUUUAUUUGAAAUACAACAAUGCCCAAGAGGAAAACACUGCAACUUUCUUCAUGUGUUCAGAAAUCCCAACAAUGAAUUUUGGGAAGCUAAUAGGGACAUCUACCUGUCUCCAGAUUGGUCUAACUCUUCUUUUGGCAAGAACUCAGAGAGAAGAGAGAGGAUGAGCCACCAUGACGAGUACUAUGGCAGGCCCAGGAGGAGGAGAAGCCCCAGUCCAACCCAGAGGAAAAGUAGUAACAGGGAGAAGAAAUCUCACAAACACAUGGCAGAAAAUCGUGAAAGGUACAGUUCACAAAGUAGAGAAAGAAGAAGGGACUGUGGUCAUAGUCAGGGCAGCUUGAGUAGAGGGAGCCAGAGCCAUGAGAGUCACCGCAUUAGCUUCUCUAGACACAGAAAUCCUGGUAGGAGGAGGUCAGGUAGUAAAGAGAGAACGGCUUCAAGUUCCAGCUCCAAAUAAACUAUGUUUUAUGUCCAAUACAUUAGUUGGAUAGAAAGCCCUGAACUGGGAAAGGAUAACGAGUUUGACACGUGUAGAUGAAUCCUGUUUAAAGACCAUAAGCAGUUUAAACAAUUUGUAAUCCUAAUCCUUAGAAAUAAAUCAACAUUUGAGUAUUGCUUUAAACUUUUUUCUUCUUAUGGAUAUGUACACAUUUUCUUACAUAAAGUUAAGAUUAUAAGUGACUUUUAUUUUUCACAUAUAAUACUUCAUCAUAUUUUAUUAGCCCAUCUAUUGAGCUGAUUUUAUUUACAUUGUGGCUGUCAGUUUACUUGACACAUCUCUAUUGUAUUUCAGACUUAUUUAUAAUUUUGCACUAUUAAAGAAUCUUAGGAUCUCCAAAUAAUUUGAAAUAAUUUCUUGGGGAUAAAAAUACAUUAACUGACAUAACACUAAAGUAUUUCUAAAUUGCCUUUCACACUACCACACAAAAUUUACCAGCAAUACGUUUUGCUGAUUCUGCAAUCCAAAUUAUUUUCAU